AUGCGAUUAUCGAUCGUAGUCCGCCGUCGAGCAGCGCUCGAAAUCCUCUGCCACGUCCAUGUCGAGAACCUCGACCCAUUCAUCGGCAUCGGCCCACAGACCAACAUCGAAGACUGGAAUAAGCUCAAGUCAACGAUGUCUGGUGAGGUCUCUCAACUGAACUACCGGUUUGUCGGAAAACCGAACGCAUUUCUUACAACGACACUUGAGUCCGAGAUCCGUAUGGAGAUCCGCAAGAACAUGGCGGAGGUAUAUCCAGAUCACAAUCCCCCCGACGAGGACGACGAUAAUCAAACAGUCCGCAACAUCCAGGCUCGGAGUCUCAAAGCCGAGGCUGCGCGCGCCGCACUGAUGCUCAAUCCUAGAGCAUCAGCAUCACAGAAAGAGGAGCUGGGCCAAGAAGUGGUGUGGGCGAGAAGCUUCGUCCGCCCGUACUUGGAGGACCUACGUGCCACCUACCCAGGCAAGGGAAUUGGCCUGGCCGAUGAGGUCAUUCCCUUUGGCUCGCUUGAUCAUGCGGAGCGCGUCUCGUUCUACAAAGACAUAUUCCACAACAAAGAGAGGCUCUACUCGGCAUUCGGGCCGUGGGAGAUGUCCAUUCACUUUGAUGGAUGCAUGCAGAUGGGAGAGAAGAGCAGGACCCUACUCAUCACGAAGUUGAUGGUAGCCUGCGAUAGUGUAUGGUGCAAGAUCAUCUCCCCCAAGUUGCGGAUAUGGGUUGUCGAUACACUCUCCGACCCCAUACUGCGAGUCUCCAUCGAUCUACCAGUCGACAUGAGGGCGGUAUACCGCGCGAUCGAAGCUCUCAGAGAUUAUUCACUCUCCAAGCCCGUCCGGCGAGUCUCCGUGAGCAUAUCGUCAGACAUGAGGGUGAUGUAUCGCACAGUCAAGGGUUCUGAUGAGACGGCAAACUUCGACUUACGUGUGUUCGGAGGUAUGGAGGUCCUCAAGGUGCUUACGGGUGCGCCGGGAUCCUUCUGCGUCUACAUAAACAGCAUACGCAGGGUUCAUUGGAUCUUUGGCGAGUCACCAGAUCUACCUGCGUAG